UAAUAUAUGGCUACAAAAAUAAAAAGAAAAUGUCUGUUGUUCUUUCGAGUUUCGACUUCUGAAUAUUUGUGUAUUUUCCUCUGUUCUCUAAGCUUAUUUUUUUUCACUUCAAAGUCGCCGCUCUCUCAAUCCAAUAAGGCGGCAAAAGAGGAAAAAAUAUCUUUUUCCUUUUUCUUAAAGAAUGGCGGCCUUUCACUGUACCAUCUGCCCCUUCCUUAUUCCCAGUUUCCUUUACCUUUCUCUGUUUUGUGUUCUUGCUUGAUCCCUCUUAUGUCCACCUUCAGUAACCCUAUUUUUCUAAAGCGUUUUCGCCUUUUGAAAUUUGGGUUUUUUCCAGCUUGAUAGCCUAACCCUAGAGAGCGAGAGAUUUUUUUUUUUGAACUAAAAGUAUAGCUCUUGCAAUGGAAGAGCCAGGGCAGAUAAAAAGGGCGUUGCUUGAUGCCUCCGCCGGUGCUAUUUCUGGUGGUAUAUCCCGGACAGUUACGUCUCCUCUUGAUGUUAUUAAGAUCAGAUUUCAGGUGCAAUUAGAACCAACAUCUUCAUGGGCUUUGCUUCGUGGAGAUCUUUCGGGAUCAUCAAAGUACACUGGAAUGUCUCAAGCAACAAAGGAUAUAUUGAGGGAAGAAGGUUUACCGGGAUUUUGGCGUGGUAAUGUCCCAGCUUUACUUAUGGUUAUGCCAUAUACAGCCAUACAAUUUGCCGUGUUACAUAAAUUGAAAACAUUUGCUUCUGGUUCUUCCAAGACAGUGGAUCACCUUAGUAUAAGCCCCUACCUGUCUUACAUCAGUGGGGGGUUAGCAGGUUGUGCAGCUACUGUUGGAUCUUAUCCUUUUGAUCUUCUUCGGACUAUAUUGGCUUCGCAAGGUGAACCUAAGGUAUACCCCACUAUGAGAUCAGCACUCUUUGAUAUAAUUAGUACUCGUGGAUUUAGAGGACUGUAUGCUGGGUUGUCACCAACAUUGGUUGAGAUCGUUCCUUAUGCUGGCUUGCAGUUCGGCACAUAUGAUACAUUUAAGCGUUGGGCUAUGACUUGGAAUCCGUCUAGAUCAUUCAAUACAAGCUCAACCACAGAUCAUAGCCUUUCAAGUUUUCAACUUUUCAUUUGCGGGCUAGCAGCUGGUACUUGUGCGAAACUUGUUUGUCAUCCUCUCGAUGUAGUCAAGAAAAGGUUCCAGAUUGAGGGACUACAGAGACAUCCAAAAUACGGUGCUCGAGUAGACCAUCGUGCAUAUAAGAACAUGUUUGAUGCAUUGCAACGAAUCUUGCAGUCAGAGGGUUGGCAUGGUCUUUAUAAGGGAAUUGUUCCGUCGACAAUCAAAGCUGCACCUGCGGGUGCUGUAACAUUUGUGGCUUAUGAGUUCACAUCAGACUGGUUAGAGUCCAUUUUGUCUUGAAAUCUAACAUAACUAGAUUUUCAUCUUUUUCUUUAUUAUCCAUUAGAUAAUUCAUUUAGUUUUCUUUCAUGGAAUUGUGAAAAGCUCUCAUAGGAUGGAAAGGGAGUAUGAACAUGAAAUUAUAGCAUAAAAUUGUCAUCAACUUACAUGGAGUAAGUUCAUAUAUUUAGAGUACAAAUUUUGAGGUUGGAAAUCAAGAUGUAGAGCAGAGUGACCUUUUUUAGCACUUGUUUGAAAUUAAUGAAAUGCUAUUUCUUAUUUUAUACAA